GACCCCGGGUUUCGGGAAGUCCGUCGCUUUCUGAUGAAUUCACUGACUGUGGACUUGGGACCGGACGGGCAUCUGGUUCCUGGAGACUUAUACUUACACGCUCACCCCCUCCUCAGGUUGUCUGACAGUUCGGUGCAUAGUCUGAGUACAGGAAGUUGAAUUAGUUCUUAAUAAUGGGAAGAACCUACAUUGUAGAAGAGACUGUUGGCCAGUAUCUUUCAAACGUCAAUCUGCAGGGAAAAGCUUUUGUCUCUGGUCUUUUAAUAGGACAGUGUUCCUCACAAAAGGAUUAUGUGAUUCUUGCCACAAGAACACCACCCAAAGAAAAACAGAAUGAGAGCCCCACACAUUCCAAAGCCAAAUUGGAUAACUUGGAUGAAGAAUGGGCCACAGAACAUGCCCACCAGGUAUCCAGGAUGCUACCAGGGGGACUUUUAGUUCUUGGAGUAUUUAUUAUUACAGCUUUAGAAAUGGGAAGUGAAUUUCAAAAUACCCUGCGUAGACUAGUAUUUGCUGUGGAAAAAUCUGUGAAUAAAAAGAGACUGUGGAAUUUCACAGAAGAGGAGGUCUCAGAACGAGUUAUACUUCACUUUUGCUCUUCUACAAAAAAAAUAUUUUGUCGAACUUAUGAUAUUCAUGAUCCAAAGAGUUCUGCAAAACCGGCAGAUUGGAAGUAUCAAAAUGGACUGUCAGCUUCAUGGCUUUCCUUAGAGUGUACAGUUUAUAUUAAUAUUCACGUCCCGCUGUCUACUACUUCUAUCAGCUAUACUCUGGAGAAAAAUACAAAGAAUGGACUUGCACGCUGGGCCAAGCAGAUAGAAAAUGGUAUUUAUUUGAUUAAUGGGCAAGUUAAAGAUGAAGAUUGUGACCUAUUAGAAGGACAGAAAAAAUCUUCUAGAGGAAAUACUCAAGCAGCUAAUCAUUCAUUUGAUAUUAGAGUGCUAACACAGUUGCUUCUGAAUUCAGACCACAGAUCCACAGCCAUGGUCCAGAUCUGCAGUGGCUCUGUAAACCUUAAGGGUGCUGUGAAAUGCAGAGCUUAUAUUCAUAGUAAUAAGCCCAAGGUUAAAGAUGCUGUGCAGGCCAUGAAAAGAGAUAUAUUGAAUACAGUUGCUGAUCGUUGUGAAAUACUAUUUGAGGAUCUGCUUUUGAAUGAAAUUCCAGAAAAAAAAGAUUCUGAAAAAGAGUUCCACAUUCUCCCUCACCGAGUUUUUGUCCCCAUUCCGGGAUCCACUGUAAUGUUAUGUGAUUAUAAAUUUGGUGAUGAGUCAGCUGAAGAAAUAAGAGACCAUUUUUUAGAGAUGUUAGAUCGUAUGAUUCAAAUAGAAGAUUUGGAAAUUGCAGAGGAAAUAAACACAGCCUGUAUAAGUUCCUCUAUGGAUACUGAAGCUUCAUUGGAUAACCCAGAUGAUGAACAACCAAAACAGCCAAUUAAAACUACAAUAGUGUUGAAAAUUCAGCAAAACAUAGGUGUGAUUGCAGCAUUUGCAGUUGCAGCCCUUGCUGCGGGUAUCUCCUUUCACUGCUUCAGUGAUUAGGUUGAGGCACAGAGAGCUUCCUGAUCAUCCAGAGAACAGUGACCAACAAUUAUGAAUCUUAAAGAUGCAAACAAGCCAUCUGCAUUUAAGACAACAGCAGCCAGAUCUGCUGCCAGAUUCCUGUUAGAUGUGUUUCUGACUAAAAUGAAAUCACCAGCUGCCUUGUUUAGCCUUGCUUCUAUAAAUUAUAGGUGGCUCAGGCUUCCAAGAAUAAAGUUAUACAUCUAGAUGUAAGUUGCACAUAA